UGGCUGCGGCUGCAGACCCUCAAGCAAGGCCUUCGAAAGGCGAGGUACCUCCGGGGUCCGCUCUCGUACUCGCUCUCGCUCGCUCGUUCAGCAGGAACCCAGCUUGGAAGCCAGCGCGGUAUGAUUGCCACAGCGCGCGAGCACAGUAACGACUGCGACAGGACUUGGUGCAUCGCGCGAUCAGUGCUGCUGGCGUGCGCUCUGGCGGCGGUGGGCGCUUGGCCGGCCCCACCGGCCUGGCAGCUCGAUCUGCCGCAGUCGAUUGCCGCAGCUGAGGCCGAGGCGGCAGAGUACCUGACGCCCGGGCAGGGCGAGUCGGUGCCGUUUGCCGAGGCUGCUCCAACCGAGAGGCACGUGGCGAUGCGGAGCGACUGUGCGCCUCUCACGAUCGGGCAGGCCCUCUUCGACAAGUGGCUUGGCGGGAGUACGACGGCAGUGACUCGGGCGGCGCUCGCCUCGCUGCCGCAGCGCACGCGCCUCGCGAGCGUGCUGCCACUGCUCGGGCUGGGCGGCUCGGAGCUUCUGAUGGAGCACCCGACUGGAUAUCGGAUGCGCGUGCAGAACGUGACGCUCGUCGAGGUUGGGGAGGAGUACAGCGUGAGGUUCGGCGUCUGCUGGGACGACCUCGAGUGGUGGGAGCAGCAGGACGUGCUCACCCGCUUGUGGGACUCGCGCGCGCCUGACGGCCUCGAGAUCGUGAUCACCACCAUCUCGGUCGACCUCGAGCUCGACUUCGCUAUCGAGCAGCAGCUCGGCCCGUGGCUCAGCUACGUGCACUACCUCGAGGGCCGGAUGGCCGUCUCGCUGACGGGCUUCCUCACGCUGCACCUCGACCUCAACGCGAUGCACGAGCGGGCUGUCCCCGCGUGCGAUGGCAAGUUCGAGUUUGUCCACCUCUCCACCGAGGUGGGCGGCAUCUACUCGGACCUGCGCCUCGCGGGCACCGUCAAAACGCUCGUGCAAGGCAUCGCGCCCCUGUUUGCCCAGGAGGUGGCGCCGAUGCUCUGCCGCGGCGACCUCGCAGACGUCGCGGGCCUCACGGUGUCGCACGGGAUGGGGGUCGAGCUCUUCGACGAUGACGGGCGCAGGACGCACUUCCCGGGGCUCGCGCUCGAGGUGCAGCGCCGCAUCCGGAGCCACGAGCAGCUCUUGGGCUUCCUGCGCGGCCCGAACACGGACGAGCGGCGGCAGGCGGCGCUGGUCGACCGCGCGAGGCUGCACGAGGUUGGCGUCUCGGCGAUGCUCGGGGAGGGGCGCUUCUCCAACGUGCCUGCUUACUACGACGACUUCCUCGAGGCAGGCGGGGAGCUGCCGACGGCCAAGGACCUCGCCGCGACGGACGCGGCGAUGGAGGAGGGCCUCUUCGGUCUGACGGACGGCAGCGGCGCGUACUUGACGAGAGUGGACCUCUUCGUCGAGACGAGCGCCAUGCUCGCGGGGGAGACGCAGCCGAUCCCGAUCUUGGUCGAGCGGCCCCUGACGACGACGGCGGUGGCGAGCUGCGACGGCUGGGACUGCUCGGUCCGCGGGCAGGUCUGUGCGCAAGGAUGGACUUGCUGCGCGGAGGCCCGUGCGCUGGGCUGUACGGGAGGCUUGUGCUGGUUUGCCAACAGCGACCUGCCCUCGGCGGGCAAGUGCACCCCAGAGGCGGCGACGGCAGAGUCCAAGCUGUCCGCUGCAAAGGCGUCGGCGGCCAAGGUGGCGGUGGCGGUGACGCACCCCUUCCGGACGUCGCCCGAGGCAGUCUACGGCUGCCACAAGCUGACGAGCCACGAAGCCGUCGGUGUGGACAGCGAGCGCCCGCCGCCGCCGCCGCCGCCCGGCCCGCCCCAGCACUGCACCCGCAGGCCGCAGCUGGAGGUGGUGGCGCGUUUCACCCCGUCGGAAGAGGGGCUCGGCUUCCUGAUUGGCGGCUCGGGGCGCGGCUCUUUCGAGAUGGAGCUACGCGCGCCCAGCCGCGGCGAGAUGCGCGCGGUGCUGCGGGAGGAGCGCGGCCCUGACCACCGGGCGGACACGUGGGCCGUCGACGCGGCCAGCGCCGCGGGCGAGCCGCUGCGCAGGUACGGGAAGGUGGAGCGGCGCAGCGGGGUGGGAGGGUCGAUGGUUGCGGACCGGUUCGUGUACUCGCAGUGGAGGCGCGAGCAGGCCUGGGCGUGGCCGUGGGGCGGCGGAGGGGAGGAGCGGGAGGAGCGGGAGGUGCUGUCGCCUCUGCUCGAGCUGGACGUGCUGCAGGCGCCGUCCUGGUCAGAGAUGGGCAAGGGGCGGCCCUCCGAGUCGCUGCCGCCGCUGCGGGCGGUCAUCCGGCUCGCGGGCACCGACACCGUGGUCGGGGUGGUUGGCGAGUCGCGGAGUGGCCGCCACUUUGGGCUCUGGCGCGAGAUGGUCGUGUGGGCCGCGAGGGACGUCGACGUGCUCGGCGGGUUUGCUCUCAGCUUCGCCUCCGUCUUCAUGGCCGAGGGAUGGGAGGCGCUCCGCAAGCUCGCCGACUCGCCGUGGGCGCUGAGCGCGGCGGCGGCGGGGGCGCCGUUUGCCGCGAGGCACGCGCUGCACGAUGCCGCCGCGAGGGGGGACGGGCCGCUCCGGUUCAGCUUCGACUUUGCCCCGGGUGGCGUGCUGCGGGAUGCGAGCGCGCACGCAGCCGCGGACUGAGCUCUGACCUCGGGGGAGAGGCGCGCGCGCUCUGCCGCGCUCGCCGUCCGUACAGCGUGUACAGCAUCAAGGGAUCCACAUUAGUCACAUUACAUACAUGCACCAGGUGUUGGUUAGUUACGAGUAGACCUGAUUGGCUGAUCCUAUGUAUCCAUGCGGAAUCGACCCU